GGUUAGAUUCAUAGUGGUUAAAUAGUCUGUGGUAAUUUUUGUUUUUCUUUUUAGCCUGCUUUGUGAAUUGUGAUAGUAUUCCAUUAUUAUCUUGAUUGAAUUAAUUAUUUAGAUUGUAAAGUAAAUAAGAAAAAAAGUUCAAUAUAUAUGACAGCCUUUUGAGAUGAUAUUUAAAUAAAUAUCUUUAAGAUGAUGAUCACAAUACACGGAUUGCCUGUUACUACGAAGUAUCAGGAUUUAAAAGUACUAAUAAAGCAAGAAUGUAAUAUACAUGACUUUAUCCUUGAUUGCUUGGUACAUGUAAACGAUGGGACAAAGAAAGUUCGGGUCGGGCUUGCAAAUGACUCUGAAGGGAAUCACAUAAUAAAAUGCCUAAACGGCUAUCGGAUGUCAGGAAAUACAUUAAGACUUUUUCCUGUAGGGAAAUCUGCUCCUACAACUGUUCCACAACAUAACUCGUUUGAAACAAGAGAUAAUUACCAAGCCAGAAACGAGUAUCCAAGUCAAGGGUUUAAUGAGAGGAACAAUAGUAAACUUGCUGAAGUUGUUCGGCCAACACCAUGGGCGGCUAAUAACCAAUGGUCAUCUAAUCAGCCAGUUCAAACCCAAUUACCCAGUAGUUUUAGUUAUCAACAACAACCAAUUCAUUCUUCUUACGGACCGCAAGUCAACCCACCAUUAAAACCUCAAUUUGAAUCAAGAGACACAGUUCCAAUCAGCCGUGGGUCCCAAGAGACUCCACCUUAUGGAUAUAAUCCUAAAAGUAACUUAAUUAACCUAGGGCCCAAGGAAACAUACCAAAGGAACAUUCCAUCUACUUUGAAAGAAAUCCCGGUGGCUAGUCGACCAUUCCAGUCCAGCAGAUAUUCGACUCAGAACUACGAAAUGCAGACGGAGAAACCGGUAACAAUAAUGAAAGACAACUUUCAAGGCCCCAGUCAGUACGAUGUAGCUUCUAUUCACAGCCAAGGAUCUGGAAACUAUCCCGUGCAGAUUCAACCAUCGCACUGGGGCUCACAGCAACAACAAAAGCAAUUUGAAAAACCCUCAAUGGUAGUUUAUGAUAAGAAGUUAUAUGAUGAUAGGAAGUAUCCUCAAGUGAAUCUAAUAAAGUCAAUGCCAGAAGUUCCUUCCAAAUCAGAAGACCCCUACAAGGCAUAUGAUAAGAGUAGGCAAUUUUCGCCGCCACGGAGAGCUUACGGUAGAGAUAUGGCACAUGAAAGACGAAUUUCGCCUUCAGAUAGAGAUGUUUCGCACGCAGGCAGGAGUAUAUUGCCCGGUCGCAGAUCUCCAGGUAGAAGGAUUUCGCCUCCUGGCAGACAAUCUGUUUACCCUGACAGGCGUUCGCCUGGACGAAGGGUUUCACCGGGAAGGCAUAGCUCGCCACCGAAUAGGACAGCGAUGCUUUCUACCAGAGACAUUUCGCCAAGUGAAAGGCGAAUUUCACCAUCCGCUAGACAUAUUCCUCCAAGUGGGAGGCACGUGUCACCAGGUAGGAGAUUGUCACCGUCUGUGAGACGGCUUUCCCCGUCUGGUAGACCUAUUAUGCCCACAGAAAGACUCAUCUCACCGCAUGGUAGGCGAUUCUCACCACCCGGCAGACAACCUGCCCAAGUCAGACAAGUGUCUCCUCCAGGCAGUAAAAUGUCGCCUUUAAGGAAGCCUUCGCCAUCUCAUAGGAGAAUCUCUCCGCAAGUUAAGCAAGAAGAGUAUACGCGUGGUAGAAGAGUCUCACCCCCUACGCAUUCACCGAUGGACAGGCGAGUCGCAAGCUGUUCGUCUCCAAGCAGAGUCGUUCCGAGAGGGAUGCCGCCUCAUGGCAGACAAGAUUCUCCCCGGAGACAAGGAAGGUACUCGCCACCACGCCACCACCCCGAAAACAGUCAAGAAUACCAAGACGAACGUCGAGUUGCUAACAUCAAGAGCGUCAGACCAGCCUACGAGCCACAAUCACAAGCGUCAGACGAAGCUAUAUACUCAGGUGGUUAUCGUCACAACGUCCGCGAGGACGUAAAAUAUCCUGUAUCAAGACAAGAUUGGCAAGAUAGGGAAAAGCCGUUUCCCCCUAACAAUAUCAUUGAAGAUAGAAGAGAUGUAUCGAGACUACAAAAGUUUGAUGUACAACGACCUUCGGAUCAUCAAAGACCACUAGAACAGGAACCGAAGAGAUCUAGAUCCCGUACUUCUAGAUCACCUAGGCGCGAAAGGUCGCCAUUGCGGGAUCGCUACAAACGUCAUUCACCAUCUCCCCGUUCUCCUCGGCGAUCUUGGGCCCUUGAGAAACGACGAAGCCCUGAAUCCCGGGAUCCACCACCACCACCAGCUUGGCCAGCACAAGAUGGAAGAGAAGACUACUCACAUAUAACUAGGUCGAAAAAUCAUGAACGUCAAAUCGAAAAACAUGUCCCCGUCUGGGAACCUAGAGAAAAAAAACGCGAUGACUACUCAGCCGCUGACAACCGUAGGGACUUUGAAGAAGAAAUAAGAAUUCGAAAAGAGGCUGGAAAAUGGAAACCUCUUCCUCUGUCGAGUCCUCAAGAGUCAUCCUCUCGUUUAGAGGAUAACGAUCGCAUACAAAAAGAAUACACAAGAAAAGACUUUGAGGGUCACCGUGGUUUUAUCUGUGAAGAUGUAGUCCGUAAACCUCAUUCCGACAGUGUUGAUAAAGGAUAUCAACGGCAGGAUCAUGAAGAUACGCGUUAUAAAUCCGAUCAUGAACGAAAACAUGACAUACCUCGCAAAAGGGAAGAAUACUCUGGUCGUAUCGAAGAGAAAAAAAAGGAAAUAUUAGAAAAGCAAGAGCAACUGCAAAAAGAGAUCGACGAAGUUUACAAAAGAGCCGCGGAUUUCAAAAAGAAAGCUGUGAUGUACAAAAAAGGUGAACACAAAAAAGAAGGUUACAGUACCGACAGACAUCGCGACGACGAUCAGGUUCAUAACGACUAUGAACAACGUUAUAAACAAGAUUCUAACGAUGAAAGACACAAAGGUAAAGAAUAUUCUAAGGAAGUAUUUUCAAGGUCUGAUGACGCGAAGAACUCAAGCGAAAUUAUUGCACUAAAACCGCGUUUCGAACUCGACGCCGCACAAAAAAGACACGCGCUGAGCGCAACAAUCAAAGCAAAAAGAACUAGAGCAAUUGAUGAAAUCUCUGAAAAGAUUUUGUGUAAAUAUGCCAGCUCUUUGCCCAACGAAGUCAAGAAACGAGUUGAAAGUGAACUUAAAUGGACACUUGGGCGGAAACUUUAUGAUCUAUUUGGGGAUAGGGAUGUUUCGUUCAUAGAAAUGAUAGUUAAGUUUAACGGAAAAUACAAUCAGAGAGAAGAACAAAACAUUUUCGAUGAAGUUGUAUCUAGCUUGCCUAGUCAAUAUAGAAGUAUCAAACGAGUUGCUCAAGAUGACUCUGAUGUUCCUGCGAAAAACUCAAGGCGAUCCACGGAACCAAACUUCAAUAAAGAUCAACAUGAGCUUAGUCCGCUUAGAUUACAUGGGCAACAAAAACGUCCUGCCGGCUACCGUGAAACAUUGAAAACGAAGUUGAAUACAAUUACUGAGAGAAAACCUUCAGUAGAAGCCACUCAAAAAUCGUCUGAAACGAAACCUUUGAAACAGAAAACAACGGAAAAGGAAACGAAAGUAUCAGAGAAGAAAUCAGAAUUCAACCUUGAAAACGAAAUACCAGACGGACAAGAUGGCGGUCAAUUUGAAUUGAAUGGGCUGAUGACAAGAGUGUUGGAAGACGAGUUGCAGACAAUUAUGAUUGCGGUCUGGCAAGCGCUGCCAGAUGACCCACCAACGGAGGCAGAACGAUUUGUUGCGGAAAUACUCCGUCACGAAGCCAGCGACGAACUGAAAAAUGUUCUUGGACUCAACGUCACCAAAAGGUUACUUAACGUCUAUAACCCACUCCUUGUUAAGAUUACAUUUUCGUGUCGACCGGAGAGCGGUUGCUUAACGAAAUUUCUGGACGCAUACAACGUUAAAGGCUUCAAACGCAUACAUAAAGAGACCAACACAUUUGCUGCGCGACUUACCACAAUAACAGACUUUGAUAACAUCUGUUCUGCUAAAGACAUCCGCUGUGGAAGCGCUAAAAUAACUGUAUCGCCGUGUUAUAAAUUUUCACAAUGCCCUGAAAAACUCAAUACGAUAUAUUCAUACAAAGAUGAGGAAAUCGGAAAAACUGAAAAAGAUAUAAAUGAAAUAGAGGAUGAGAAAGAAACGGUCACACCUAAAGAAAAAGAAAAGACACUAACUGUAUCGAACACCAGCGAAGAAAAACUGUCUAAUGUAGCUAAAGAGAAUGAGCAACAAAAUAAAACGGAAGCAAGUGAAACAAAGAAAAUAACAAAUACACAAAAAAAUAAUUUUUCAGAAAAAGUUAUACAGAAAGAAAAUAUUAUAAAAAAAAAAGCAGAUGCCACAAAAUCUAAUAUUUUCGAAAAGAGAACGAAAAUAGAAGAACUCAAACCGAUCAAAAGUCCUACAACAAAACCUAAUACUUCUGAAAAGAAACCUAAAAUCGAAGAACCAAAACAGAACAGUAAUAAUAUCAAAAAGCCUAUCGCUAAGCCUACACAAAAAAGGACUUCAAAAGAAGGUCCAAGAAACAAAAUAUUGAGCAAACCCAAGAAAUUAAUCGAAUUAAAACAGAAUAUUAUUAUAAACGAUGAUGAAAUGACUGAUUCUGAAAUAAAUAAUGAUUUCGAUGAAUUUGGUGAAGAAAUGAAUGAUGAAGAAAUAUUAGCUUUGAUAUCUGGUGGAGUUAUUGUUGAUGAAUGCAUUGGUUCCGAUGAUGAGUAACUUUCAUAACAUUUUAAAUUCAAGUUAAUGAGUUGUAAAUUUGGGUUGAGGAGUAUUUAAAUAUAUUGUUCUGGGCAACAAUUAAUCAUUACAAGAUACACUUAACCUAAGAAAACUGACAAAUAAGAAUUAGAGUACAUUUGUUUUUAAACUACAUGUUGAUAAAUAAAAUGCUAUAGUAAUAUGUAUGACUUUAGUUGUUUUGCUUUGCAAGCUUUUCUAUAGUCACAAAAUUAUUAUAUCAACAUACUCAUUACCAAUUAUUCCAACAUCAAUCACUAUUGGCUCUGGCUGACAAUAUCUAGUAUGGUAAAGUGACCCGGGUUUCAUUAAGUCUAGUCCCAUAAUGUUCAGUGUCUUAAAAUGUCUAUUUUUACACUGUCCAGUUCGUCCUUCUUCAAAAGCGGUCAUUAAGUUCGAGUUAAAAAAAUAUUAUUCACGUCACGUCAUUUCGAAUUUCGAAUUCUCUGUCGAAAAGAAGAAGAAGAGAAUUCUCUGUUGGUGUCUAUUUUUUUACCAGUUAACUUAGAUUUUUUAUUGUUAUUAGUGUGGGUAACUAGUCUUUUAGAAUACUUACAUUAGAAUCCGAAAAUGUUAACCACAAUGUCAUGGAUAAAACCUGGUUUUAUUAAAUAAAAUCAAUAUUAAAGCAGCAACAGAUUUAUUUUAGCCAAUUGUUUAAGAGAAUUAAA